AAGCACAUCCAAAGCAAAGUUUCAUCAUCUACCUGUCUCUUUAUCCGUGUCAUUUAUCUAUACAAGAUGACGAUAUGGGAUACUCUCACUGGCCGCAAGUCCAGCUCGCCAUCGACACAGUCGCAACCUGGUGACAACGCACCCACGACAGUGUUCGCCGAGGCACCUUUCGUACCCGAAGUGCAGCAGGUCUCGGACUUCCUUACGCCUGACAUUUCGCAGCUACAUCCUCUUGCUGGUCUAUCGCGAGAUGACCUCGAGUACCUGACACUAGACGACUCCGUCAUCAACGAUUUGCCGGGAUCGAGGUCGGCGCUGCCGUCAAGAGGAUGGAGUGAUGAUUUAUGCUACGGGACUGGAUGCACGUAUCUCACGGCGUUGACAAUCGGCGGUGCUUGGGGUUUGGCUGAAGGCUUACGGAAAACCCCGGCAACAGCACCGCCAAAGAUCAGAUUAAAUGGAGUGUUAAACGCCAUAACGAGACGUGGGCCCUUCCUUGGCAAUUCUGCCGGCGUCGUGGCGAUGAUAUACAACGGGAUCAAUAGUUACAUUGGCUAUGCGAGGGGAAAGCAUGAUGCAGCAAACAGCAUAGUAGCCGGAGCAUUGGCCGGAGCAGUCUUCAAGAGCACGAGAGGAGUAAAGCCAAUGAUGAUUAGCAGUGGAAUAGUCGCUACCGCGGCAGGCACUUGGGCGAUGGUGCGCAAGAUUUUCUUCUAGACUCGGCGUUUUAUAUCCCUUCACCCUUACUGCUGUCAAUUACUGCAGGAACGAAAAAGUUGUAGACUUUAUACGGCGUCAUUGUAUGCAUUUGGACGGCAUUUAGGAACAUCUCUUCGGCAUUCGAAGCCCUUCGAUCAGGGUUACCGUUCUCAUACUGUGUAAUUGACCAAAUUUCUCCACUCGAGCGAUCAAUUUCGCAAUGUACAAUAAUCUCGGUUUGGAAGGUACGGAAGCAUGGGACAUUGGUAUGCAUGAUAGUGCCGAAGGGGAGUGUGCUGUGGAAUCGUUACGGGGCUGUAUAUCAGUCAAAAAUAACAAGUACAUUUAUUUCCCUCCUUCUGCUAGUUGGUAUCGC